AUGUACCGUCCACAGCACCGUGUUGUCUCUCACCCUGCUCUGUACCGCCACAGCACCGUGUUGUCUCUCACCCUGCUCUGUACCGUCACAGCACCGUCUGACGACGGAGGUGGCCUGUCGUUCCUCAACUCCAGGUCUGACGACGGAGGUGGCCUGUCGUUCCUCAACUCCAGGUCUGACGACGGAGGUGGCCUGUCGUUCCUCAACUCCAGGUCUGACGACGGAGGUGGCCUGUCGUUCCUCAACUCCAGGUCUGACGACGGAGGUGGCCUGUGGUUCCUCAACUCCAGGUCUGACGACGGAGGUGGCCUGUCGUUCCUCAACUCCAGGUCUGACGACGGAGGUGGCCUGUCGUUCCUCAACUCCAGGUCUGACGACGGAGGUGGCCUGUCGUUCCUCAACUCCAGGUCUGACGACGGAGGUGGCCUGUCGUUCCUCAACUCCAGGUCUGACGACGGAGGUGGCCUGUCGUUCCUCAACUCCAGGUCUGACGACGGAGGUGGCCUGUCGUUCCUCAUCUCCAGUUCUGACGACGGAGGGGGCCUGUGGUUCCUCAACUCCAGGUCUGACAACGGAGGUGGCCUGUCGUUCCUCAACUCCAGUUCUGACGACGGAGGUGGCCUGUGGUUCGCUGCUCAAUGUGCAGUCUACAGUCUCUUGCGAUGUUACCCACACAAGCAGUACAGAAACGGACUCAAGUUCUGCAAGCAGAUCCUGUCCAACCCCAAGUUCACAGAACAUGGAGGCUGGCAUGUGUACGGUCUGCUGCAGCGCUCCGAUAAGAAGUACGGCAAGGCCAUCAAGUGUUACAGGAACGCCCUGAAGUGGGACAAAGACAACCUGCAGAUCCUACGAGACCUGUCCUUACUGCAGAUCCAGAUGAGAGACCUGGAGGGCUACAGGGAGACGAGGUACCAGCUGCUGCAGCUGCGGCCAGCUCAGAGGGCUUCAUGGGUCGGCUACGCCAUCGCCUAUCACCUCCUAGAGGACUACGAGAUGGCCGCCAAGAUAGUAGAGGAGUUCAGGAAAACACAACAGACGUCUCCAGACAAGAUGGACUAUGAGUACAGUGAGCUGCUGCUGUACCAGAACCAGGUGCUGAGGGAGGCUGGACUCUAUAGGGAGGCUCUGGACAACCUCACCACCUACGAGGAACAGAUCUGUGACAAACUGGCCGUCGAGGAGACACGAGGUGAGUUGUUUUUGAACCUGGAUCGUCUGGAUGAAGCUACUGAGGUCUACCGCCGUCUACAGGAGAGAAACCCUGAGAACUGGUCCUACUACCACAGCCUGGAGAAGGCCCUGAAGCCUGGUACGCUACAUAUACCCUACAUAACACUGUUGUAACUGGUCCUACUACCACGGCCUGGAGAAGGCCCUGAAGCCUGGUACGCUACAUAUACCCUACAUAACACUGUUGUAACUGGUCCUACUACCACGGCCUGGAGAAGGCCCUGAAGCCUGGUACGCUACAUAUACCCUACAUAACACUGUUGUAACUGGUCCUACUACCACAGCCUGGAGAAGGCCCUGAAGCCUGGUACGCUACAUAUAGCCUACAUAACACUGUUGUAACUGGUCCUACUACCACGGCCUGGAGAAGGCCCUGAAGCCUGGUACGCUACAUAUACCCUACAUAACACUGUUGUAACUGGUCCUACUACCACGGCCUGGAGAAGGCCCUGAAGCCUGGUACGCUACAUAACACUGUUGUAACUGGUCCUACUACCACGGCCUGGAGAAGGCCCUGA